UAUUCCACAAGAGCAUUACUAGUGUCAUUUAGCAUACGAUGGGGAUCCAGGCCCCAGAAGUGAGAGGCUAGGAUUCAAAAAAAAAAUAUUAAAAAUAUAAUUGUUGGUUUGUAAGACAAAAUUUGGCAUCGAGUCUAAAGGGACCCGGGUCCGAAUAGAGGCUAUGCGUGUCUGGGCCUUUAGUCAUAGUCAUGUUAUUAUUUAUGUUAUUAAAGACAAUUAAAGUUAAAGCUAUUAACUAUUAAUUAUUGUUUGUAGCCUAGUCUAAGUAGUAAGAAGUAGUAGUAGGCUAGUAGGCGGAGUCUGUAUAAUAAAUUAGUAAUGUGUAAGUAGGCCUAUAACUAUAAAUUAUAAAUAUUUUAAAAUAUUAAUAAUGUUAUUUAAAAUAAUAAAUAAUCAUUUUUUAGCUGAUUAUCAUAUAAAAUGUAAACAUUAUACAUGAAAUUUUUAUUUAAAAAUUAUUAUCCUAUUAUUAUUAUUAACAUUAUUACUUUACCACCCAUAAUUAUAAUACAGUCAAACCCACUUAUCUCGACCUGGGUUAACUUGCCGACCCAGUUAAGUCAACGCUUUUGACUUGGAACCGCCAAAUUCUCUCUACUCUUUGUCUUUGCAUUUUCGGCUCGGUUAUGUCGAUUCUUUUAUGUUGCAGAGUCCUAAUAUCUCGAGCACAAAAGGGAGGCAUAUUUGCCACUUGACCUUAGUAAUAACAAUCCCCAAGACCAAUUGCCAGCUUUUGAACUUCGCAAGAAGAAAUAGCAAACAACAAAUAAACAAGUUUUGCAUAAUUAAAAAUAAUUAUUUAUUUCUCAAAAUACAGGACUUGUGUUUAAGAAUGAACCUAGAAUUAAUUUAAAUGAAUAUGUUUUAGUCGCAAGAAGAAAUAGCAAACAACAAAUAAACAAGUUUUGCAUAAUUAAAAAUAAUUAUUUAUUUCUCAAAAUACAGGACUUGUGUUUAAGAAUGAACCUAGAAUUAAUUUAAAUGAAUAUGUUUUAGUUUGAGGUUUAAAAACCCGGUAGAGUCCAUAUUGUAAAUGAUGAUAAUUUGCCGAGUGCAAAACGUUGUCAUUGGCAGCCAUUCACGGUCACUUGCAAAAUGGCUAUGUGUAGUACUGCCUUAGAGUUUCACUCAUAAGAGUUUGCCAUGUGCAAAAACUAUUAAACCAUUGGUCAGGGAAAGCAUUAAUUAAAUAGUCACGUGCCAAAGUUGAAAGUUCAAAAUAAGUAAUCCCUAAAUAGUAUUUGAGUAAUGAGGGGAUGCUUUGCCUUAUACUUAUAUAAACUACAUAGUCAUUGCACAUGAUGCAGUUAGCAGAAUGAGUUCACAAAAUGUGGAGGCUUUGUCAUAGUAGAAAAUACCAAAGGAACUUGCAUGUUAAAAAUUCGUAGCUCAAAAAGUACUAAAGCUAAAAAGUUGAUUCUGAUUUCAUUUUUUAAUUUAAAAAUUGCUCUAAAUAAUUUAAAUAACUGUAAUAUUUAUUUUUUUUUAAUUUUUUUUUUACUGAAGUACCGUACUUACAUUUAUUAAUGCUCAUUUAUCUGGAUCAUCGGUUAUCUCAAAGCUUUUUGGCCAACCCCAAGGCCGACGACAUAACCGGGUUCUACUGUAUAAUAAUUUUGAUGUUUAAUCAUGAUAUUAAGAUAAAUAAUAAAAGCAUAAAAAUACAAACACUUUGUUCUUGUAAUAGCAAUAUUUAAUGUAAUAAUACAUUCCUUCCAUCAUUGCUUUUUGAGCACUGUAAGUAUGAAAUCGAAUCAUGCCAAUAAUUAAUAUUAACUUUCUCAAUUAUAAUGAUUAAUAAUAUUAAUCUAAAUUUCAGUUAAUCUGUAUAGGCAGUUCUGGUACAGGAAAGACAUGUUUAAUAAAGCAUUUCUGUGACAGCAAGGUAAUUGUUUUUACCAUAUAACACAGGAAUAGGCAACUUACAGCCCAAAGGUCACAAACAUUUAAGCUUAAUGCAGCCCACUAGAUCUUCCAGGACAGGGUUGAUUUUUUCAUAAAAUGUAUAAAUUAUAAAUUAUUUUUUUGUAAAAGCCUUUGGAAAUUAAUAAUCACAGAGUAAAAUGUUCCAGCUGUAAGACCCGGUAUCAAUAAUAAAAUCAAAUUAAAAAUUAUUCCACAGCUUAUAUUUUAAAUUGAAAUUUAGUGAAUUUCCGAAGCCCCAUUUCAAAAAUAUUUAUUUAAAAAUUAUCAUGCUUCCUACCCAAAAAAAUUUCCAUUAGGCCCUCAGCACAAAAAGGUUGCCUNAUGUAAUAAUACAUUCCUUCCAUCAUUGCUUUUUGAGCACUGUAAGUAUGAAAUCGAAUCAUGCCAAUAAUUAAUAUUAACUUUCUCAAUUAUAAUGAUUAAUAAUAUUAAUCUAAAUUUCAGUUAAUCUGUAUAGGCAGUUCUGGUACAGGAAAGACAUGUUUAAUAAAGCAUUUCUGUGACAGCAAGGUAAUUGUUUUUACCAUAUAACACAGGAAUAGGCAACUUACAGCCCAAAGGUCACAAACAUUUAAGCUUAAUGCAGCCCACUAGAUCUUCCAGGACAGGGUUGAUUUUUUCAUAAAAUGUAUAAAUUAUAAAUUAUUUUUUUGUAAAAGCCUUUGGAAAUUAAUAAUCACAGAGUAAAAUGUUCCAGCUGUAAGACCCGGUAUCAAUAAUAAAAUCAAAUUAAAAAUUAUUCCACAGCUUAUAUUUUAAAUUGAAAUUUAGUGAAUUUCCGAAGCCCCAUUUCAAAAAUAUUUAUUUAAAAAUUAUCAUGCUUCCUACCCAAAAAAAUUUCCAUUAGGCCCUCAGCACAAAAAGGUUGCCUUCAUAUAACUGGAAAGUUAUUCCCCUAAAAUUUAAAUGUACCGGUAGAUAAAGUUCAGGGUUAAUAAAAACUGGGGAUAAAUCCAUAGCAAAAUAAUUAUGUUUUAUAUGCAUGUAAAGGAAAGAGUGUGGAAAAGUUUUGAAGGCUAGUUCUUCAUACACGCUGAAGUAGCAUGGAUACAAUAAAUAUUCAUUUCAAUUCAACAAGCAUCAAAAUAAAGUAUAAAGUGCAAUGACAGAUAUGUAGAUAGUAAGAUAUCUUUUGCCACUUUCAAGGGGAUUCAUUCAACUGCAUAGAAAAUUCAAUCAAACAUACUUAAACAAAUUUUACAGUUACAUCUUCAAUUUUUAAUGGUGCAAAUUUGAGGUAGGAAAACUUUUUUGUCCGUAAAACAAAUGAAUCAAGGAGAGUUUAUGUCACAUCAUGUUCAAAGGAAAUCAUAUCUGCUCCCAAAUUAUCCAAAAUCUUUGUGGGGGGUGGGGGGUGUGUAGGUUGCAAUCACCAACACAUAUUCAUAUAGGUGCAAUGGCUAUGGUUUGUAAGUCGUAAGUCGUAUCUCAUUUUAAUUUUGUUUAAAUUAUUGUUGAGAAAUAAUGAAACAAUAUUUCCUAUCAAUACAAUAAACUAGCUUUAACUUCUACAUUAACAAAUAGAAUCCCUUUAAAAAGAGGAGAAAAAAUUCCCUAAGUAUGCUUUGGUUUUUUCAUGUGUUGUCAAUAAUUUCUCUUGCUUCCUUCACAAUCUAAUUUUUUUUUUUUAAUUAUUGAAAAGUUAAAGUAUACUUAUAAAAAGCAGUACAACUUUCCAGUUCAAUUCAGGUUACCAGGCAACAGUUGGGGUAGAUUAUGGAUUUAAAGUUCAGCAUCUCAAUGGAAUUGACUGUAAGUUUUUAAUAAAUAAUAUCAGAUGCAUUUUGUACAGCUGCAUCUCUUUAUGCAAGGAUUCAUCCUCAAUUUUAUUCCAUUUUCUUAAUUUCUAGUAUAAUAAUGUAUUAAUUUUAUAUAUUAUAAUCAAAACUAAUUAUAGUUUGGUAGACUUUAUAAAGUUUAUAAAGUGGUUGCAAAAAAUUCCAAGAAUGUAUUCAGGAAAUUGAUUUUAGAAGUGCUAGUUAUCCUUGUAUUUGUAGAUUAUGUCAUCCACAAAGACUAAACAGAGUGCCACAUGAUGAAUUAGUUUAUAAAGUGGUUGCAAAAAAUUCCAAGAAUGUAUUCAGGAAAUUGAUUUUAGAAGUGCUAGUUAUCCUUGUAUUUGUAGAUUAUGUCAUCCACAAAGACUAAACAGAGUGCCACAUGAUGAAUUAGGUGCAACGCCAUCCAGCUUUAUAAAAUAAUACAAUCAGAACACACCCGCUGCUAAAAUAACAAACUGGGUUAAAAUUGCCCUAUGUUUUCAAUUAAAAUGUAAAAUUUAUUUGGAAUGUAUUCACUCAAAAUAGUUGAAAAUUUAUUUAAAAACUACGUAAGUACCGGUAUCAAAAAAAAAAUAAUUACCCUUGUCAUUCUAUGAAAUUUUGCCUUGCAUGAAACAAUCUAUAAUUAGGAUGCACCUUAAUUAUUACAGUGAGAGUUCACCUCUGGGACUUGUCUGGCAGUUCAGAAUAUUUUGAAGUGAGAAAUGAACUCUACCCAAAGACAGAUGGCAUCUUUAUUGUCUAUGAUAUCACCAACAGUGCAUCGUUUGAAUCCCUAGACUACUGGCUAAAGGAAAUAUCAAAAUACUCAACCACAAGGCCUGUGAUUUUUAUAGUUGGAAACAAGGUAACAACAAACAAAAGAAUCAAAGUGUUGUUUCAUAAAAAUUAUCUGUAUUGCGAAAGUCCUUUUCUUGAUCAUACCUUUAACAAUUGUAGACUUUUUAAAGCUUUGUUCUAGAUAUUAGGAUUUUUAUAGUUGGAAACAAGGUAACAACAAACAAAAGAAUCAAAGUGUUGUUUCAUAAAAAUUAUCUGUAUUGCGAAAGUCCUUUUCUUGAUCAUACCUUUAACAAUUGUAGACUUUUUAAAGCUUUGUUCUAGAUAUUAGGGAUAUUAUUAUAAUAUCUUUCACUUUCAAUAAUAAAUUUCUUGAGGUACCAGUUUUAAAUGAAAUUAUUCUUCAGACUUAUAUAAGCCUUAAAUCAUUUAUCUGCCCUCCAUGCAUUUUUUAGUUUUCAUUUUUGUAUGAACAUUAUUUAUAUUACAUUUACCGGCAAAUAAAGUUGACAACCCGAAAAAUGAAUCUAAAAUGUGAGGAAAAUAAAUCUAAAAGGAAUUUCACUGUUAAUUAAUUUUUUUUAAACAUUUCUUGUGAGGAGAAAAAAUAUUUUUAUCAUAAAAAUUUCUUUAAGAAAUUAAUAUCGACUUAUUUAAUUGAAAUAUUUUAAAAUUUUUUGUUGAAAUGGACUUUGAGAAUGGAUGCAACAUGGCUGAACACUGAGGGAUGGCAGGGCGCCGAUAAUGAGAGAUAUUGUUCAUUUAGUUGUUUCAAUUAUGUGUUAGCUCAUCUCUCGAAAUCAAUCAAGGCCAUUUAAUUUUAAUCAUCGGAUUGGUGAUGGGAUCGCUACUGUCUAAGGGUGGGCAGAUGGCGGAUAAGAAUGAUUCUGGCACAAAAUAUUCUUGUACAGUAAGUGCAAGGGAUGGAUGUGACAUCUCCAGGUGCAAAGUUAGCCUUGGCUUGUCUUUUGUGACUUCAGCAGCCGAUCUAUUGGUUUCAUGUUUAUACCGCCUUUGCAUAAGGUGAAAUGCCACAAUGCUCCAUCCUUUACUAAUUCUUUUCACAAGUCCAGGUUUCAUGAUAUGAUGCUUUGAUACUAGCAACACCAGCCAGAGGUCUCCAACCUUUUGUAUAAAAGAACCAUACUAAAGAGACAAUAUAUGAAAGACCAGCAUUGUGUUAUUUUAAAUAUUCAGAGUGCAGGCUCUAUAAUUUUCUUCAUUCAUGUAUUUGAAGGACCAUAAAUUGGCAAGCAUUGAUUUAAAAAGUUCCAAUGGAGGACAAGGUAGCCUGAAAUGCAGGACUGAACAUGGAACUCUCAGAAAUAUUUCGGCCUAUCUUGUACAACACCUACAAGUUAUUUAUAUGAUGUUUGAGUUAACUUGGUAUAACGAUGGCAUAUUUCAUUAUCUUUCAUAGAUAGACUUGCAGCAGAAAAGGGCAAUAACACUAGUGGAUGGAAAGACAUUUGCUCACAACAACAAAUGCGGGUAAACUUUGUCAUGUUCGUGGGCAAAAUGUGAAUAUGUUACAGUGCAUGUUUAAGUUAUAAAGUCUCACCAAAAUUAACAUUUAAUCUGUAUGUGGUACAACAGGAGUUGUCAGGAAAUGUAAAAACAAAGCAACUUGACCUAAUUUAUUUUUAUUAAUUUUUUUUUAAAUUUUUUUUUUAGAUAUUUUGAAACAUCUGCACUUACAGGAGAAGGCAUUAGUGAGAUGUUCCAAGAACUGCUGUUCAAUAUAAUGAACAAGAAGACAGAACAGUCCACUGGUGGGUUAAAUAAGAGCAAAAUUCUGUAAAAAAAAAAAGGGAGAUCCAACAAGUGAUGGAUAGUUUCAAGUCAUCACAGGUUUUUGACUGCCAAAGGAUAACAAGUAUGAAGAGAAUUCUUAAUGAAGUAAGAACAAAGCAAAAAAAACCAGAGGAAGCUAAAAACAAAUAUCGGCCACCUUCCCAACAGGAAAACUACAGCCAAGUACAAUUGAUAACAUUGACUCUCCUCAUUGAAACAUGAGUAGCCCACCCGGCAGAAAGUGACUGGUUUUGUAUCUUGUAUUGGAAAAAUAUCCACUCGAAUUUUGAAUAAAUUUACUAACAUUGUUCACACCCAUAAAGACAGCAUUGAUGUAAAAUUCGUGCAUGUAAAAUCAUAUUUGUUGUUGAUAUGAAGAAGAUACAUACAAAGCUUUUACGUUUAUUUGUUCACUAUUUAUAGACAGAGAGGAAACAGAGAGGAACAGAAGAGGAUAGUUUUCAUGUCAUCUGUGGCACCCCAACGGUCCAAGGACUAAGGGACAUGA